GGACAUAGUUAAAUGACGUGCCCCUCAAUACCAGAAGCCGGAAGUAGUGAAUUGUAAACCAAACUCACGUGCGCGACAUGAAAAAUAAUAAAAAGCACAACAAUGUGUCCAAAAAGGGUAAAUUCAAGCCCGGGUCCAAGAAAAGAGAGAACAAAUGCAUCGUGACGUUUGACGACAAAGACAGACAGGACUAUUUAACUGGUUUCCACAAACGAAAGGUGGAAAGGAGGAAAGUAGCAGUGGCAGAAAUUCGGAAGAAAAUCAAGGAAGAGCAGAUCAGAGUCCGAGAAGAAAGGCAUAAGGAGUACCUCAAGAUGCUGAAGGAGAGGACAGACGCUCUUCAGGAGGCUGAAGACGAUCUGGAAAAUGCGAUAACCAGUACGACAGAGUCUGUGCAGUACGAUCAUCCCAACCACAUCGUCACGGUGACAACCAUCAAUGAUCUCGACCUCACAGGGGCCCACCUGCUCGGACCCGCAGCAAAUCCGGUUAAUGAGGAGGACGAAGAAAAGGGGGAAGAAGAGAAGGAGAAAACUGAAGCCAUGCCAAGAAAAGCUGGGAAUCCAAUCAUGAACAAAAAGAUCCGCUCCCUGAACGCGUCGCUCAGCACUUUCACCAGCAAGAGAAGGAGGAAAGGGAAGCAGGAAGGCCGAGGUGGCCGAGGCCGUCCGACAGACAAGAGCGUCCCAGAGGGGAAAAGCAGAAGCGGGAGGACCACCAAGUGGCAGAGACGUCGACUGACUGGGAAAAAGGUGCACCAUCGGGAGUGAGAGUGUGUGGAAUAAUACAACGUAGGGUUGGAACUUGUGAAGAGACUUCUUGUGUCAGAGAAUCACCGGCGAACAGAUUGGACUUUGGAGUAUUUAUGCUCUUGUGUUUGAGCAGGAUGCGUUUAUGUGAGAAGUUUGUGAAAUAAACACAAGUGGACGCUCAGUGUCUGCUCCGCGUCGGACAGCCUAUCUCUCUUGACAUUGUUGAAUAUUCCCACUGUACCUGCUUCUUGAAAUCUUGUGCUCAAACUCUUUUUGUAGUAUAAUUUCUUAAAAGUAUAUAAACUGAACUGUAUUUCCCUACAUUUUCAUUAAAUAAAAAGAUUAAUGUUGACCUUUUGA